CAACGUAUUCGAGAACUAGAAUUAUUCUUGUACAGCGACUUGCCACUCUGUGUUUUUUAUUCUUCUAUAUCAUUUUUCUUGCUUAAAAGUAUAAUUCAUUACUAUCGAACUUUUGAGAAAUUGAAAAAGAAAUGAGAAUACUAACUCGAAAACACGCUGAAUUAGCAACGAAGUGGAUUCCAACUGCAAUGGCUUAUGGGGCUGCUGGAUCGUUAUCAUUACUGUAUUUUACAGACUGGAAAGCAGUAGUGCGAUAUAUUCCAUUCUAUGGUAGCAAGUUUCAAGAACAAGAAUAAGCUAUAGGAUUCCUCAAGAUUAUGUAAUAGUCUUAUUGAAAUGAUAGAGACUACGUUAUACCAUACUAUAUUUAUGUUUUUUCUGUUUAAUUAAAUAAUAAGUUAUUAAUAAACGUAUGUCAAACUGGUGAUGACAUGCAUUCAUCAAAA